AUGCCACCUACAAGCAGAAAAUCACAGACUGAAAUAAAUCCUUCAAAAUCAGUCCUCUGUGAUGAAGAAUGUCAUCUACAUUAUUUAAAAAAUGGAGAUAUUAACCAUAUUUCAUGUGUGGAUUGUAAUGACAACCUCCAGGAGGCAUCAACCCAAGAAUAUGCUGUACUGUUAUCACAAGAUGAACCCCCUGUGCAGUGGCAUUCUUCUUCAGACUCUAAUGCUGAUGCUCUGGGAAACAACAUACAACAGGCUUCUUAUGGAACUAGAUCCAAGAUGAAAGAAGUGGAUAUGCACUCUUCAUAUCUGCAGAUCUUCAGUGGACACCAAGACAAUAAUUUGGAUGCUUCUCCUGUAUGUUGCUGUGAAUCACACACAGAAAUACAGUAUGCAAAAACACAUACUAAUAUGAGCUGCUCAGGGCUUAAUAUAUAUGAACACCAAGAAGAACCUACUUGUAAUGACCAAGAAGAAACCUUUCUGCAAUUGAAGAAUGUUGAAAAUUUGUGUCACUUUUUAGAUCUGCCUAACAGAGAUCACGAGAAAGAAUUUUCUCAAAUCAACAAACACAAGAAUCCUGAAACUGCUUCAGGAGUUUGCAGUGUGGAACAAACAGAAAAUAUAAGUUCUAAUCUGGAAGACACACCGUUUGACAUCUCAGUUCAAACAUCAGCAUCAAAUCUUACUGAAAUCAAUUUGAAGAUCUCAGAUGGUACUGCAAAAGGAAAAGUGGAAAAUAAUGUAAAUGGACAGGAAUGCCAACCACAAGGAAAACUAAAAGAUAUAAUAUCUUAUCUAGAUGAAAUAGAACAUAGUAGUACAGAAGUAAAAGAUUUCACUAGCCCAAGUCAGUGCACUUUCAGUGAAAGGCAGAAAGACAGAAUUUACCUCGAGGAAACUUUAAGGAAUAAUUAUAAAGCAAAAGAAGAGACAACAAGUGAAGAUGAAGCCAGAUUAACACAACAUGUGAAGACUCUAGAGCUGCAGUUGGAAGACCGUGACCGAUGUCUUUUACUGGCACGCCAAGCCAUAUCUCAGCAACAAGAGGCCCUGAAGCAAUCAAAACACAAAAUGGAGCUGAAGAUACGUUCUUGUAAAAAAGAUUAUGAAGAUGUUGUCCUACGUCAUCAGAAGUUCAUAGAUCAGCUUAUUGCAGAUAAAGAGGCCUUGAAUGAGAAAUGUAAAUCACUAUUGCAUGAACUAAAAGUAGCUGAAUCAAGAUACACAUCAAAUCUAAAAGCUGCAGAGGAAAGACACUGCAUUGAUAUUAAAAAAGUACGUGAAAUGCAUGCAGCUGCAGAAAAAGUACGACGUGAAAAAUGGAUUGAGAUUAAAACUAAGAAAAUAAAGGAAAUGACUGUGAAAGGAUUAGAGCCAGAAUUGAAUCGUAUGUCAGAACAACAUGAAAAAGAGCUGUCAGAGCUCCGUGCACAGCAUGAGAAGCAAAUGUAUAAAGCCCAGCAGGAUGCUGCCCAGCAGCUCAGAGAGCAGGCCCAGCUGCUUCAAGAAGAGUCAAGGAGACGACAGUUGGAAGAAACAGCACAUGAAGCUGCUAGAAUAAAGGCCAGGUAUGAUAAACAACUUGAAGAGCUGGAAGAAUUGCAACAACAACAAAGAAACAAAUUGCUUGCAGAGUUUUCUAAGGAGAAGGAAUGUUUUACCAAAGAAAGAAAGAAACAUAUGGAUGAGUUGAGAAAGCUUAAAGAGAGCCUAAAUUCAGAAAAACUGGAAGAAAUAAAGCAGCUAGAAUGCAAAUGGAGUGGAUCUGUAAAACAGCUUGAAAUAAAGCAUCAGACAGAACUGCAAAUGGUGAGAGAAACAUUGGAAAUGCAGAAGGCUGCAUGGAUGCAUGACUGUGAAAAGAUGCAGAAAUUGUAUCUUCUGGAAAAGGAAACAGAGAUCAGAGAAGAAUAUAAGAGAAACCGAGAUAGAGAAAUUGAAAAAGCAAUUGAAAAACUGGAAGAAGACUGUGAAAGAAUGAAAUCAGAAACUGAAAAAGCAGCAGAAGCAAAGGCAUUGAGACUUAAGGAGCAGUAUGAAGCUGAUAUUAGAGAACUUGAAACUGUGAUUUCAACUCUGAGAAGUAAGUGUGAUGAUAUAAAAGAGAAGCUUGAUGAGAGAGAAGGUGAGCUUGCCCACCUUAACACAAGCAUCAGACAACUGCAAAAAGAGCUUUCAGAAUCUCAAAAGCUUAUUGAGCAGUUUUCAAGUGAAAGAGCUAACGUCAAAGAGAUUAUUAGAAAAGAAUUUCUAUCACAAAUAAUUAUUCUGGAGGAAGAAAACAUUCAGUUAAGGGAACAAAUUGCUGAAAUGCGAGCAUAUCACCAAAUGGAAAUUUCUGCCAAAGAAAAGGAACUUAGGACUGCAGCUGCUGACAAAGAGCAUGAGUUUCAAGAAUUAUAUAAAAGGGUGAAAGCAGCAAUUGCAAAGAAGGAGAAAGCAAUUCAGCAACUUCAUUUGAAAUAUGAGGCAGCAUUAGAACAGUGUACUCACCUUGAAAAUGUUUUAGAACAACACCAAAGAGACCAUUUGUUUCGAUAGCUAAGUAUUAUUUUUCAU